AUGAUGGAAGAGCAAAAACUACAAUACCUGAAUGAGCUGCUUAAACGAAGAAAUGAGAGUGUAGAUAAAUACGUCGAAGCCAUGAAAAGCUGGGAGGAGCUGACACGGGAUAGUUAUGCAGAUCCCAUUAAAUUGAAUAUGGAUAAGUUUCUGGAAAUAAUGCUACUGGAUGGGUGUUUUAUCAUUGAGUUAUUUCUCAAGUUUGAGGAUUCAACCUUGAGAGAACACACGACCCCAUUUUCCAAAUUCCUAAGAUUCGGAAAAAACCAAAUUCCAUUUUCUGUCCUCAUCCAUUUAUUUCAUAUGACCGGAGAUUCAAACCAAGGGAAUCCACUACACAUCUUAGGUCCCUUGGCCCUCAAAUUUUUUCGUCCAACCAUUUCAAAUUUUGCGCGUUCACCACCUUCCUACAAUCAUCUUCUAGGCCUAGUACAUUAUGCCUGGUAUUCUUCUAUUGCUGGAAAUGGGCCCUUUCUUGUGAUUGAUACAAACCACCAAUUCAUAAAAAGUGUUACAGAGCUCCGAGAAGCCAGGAUUAAAUUCCAGAAGACUGAAUCUUCCUCAUUUCUCGAUGUUAAGUUUGAAAAUGGUAUCAUGAAAAUCCCUUCCCUUGUAGUUGAUGAUGAUACAGAGUGUCUAUUCAGAAAUCUGAUUGCUUACGAGCAAUAUGGUGGAGGAUUUGUGCAAACUAAUAUGACCGACUAUACGACUUUUAUGGAUCGCCUCAUCAAUUCCCCUAAGAAUGUCGAAAUACUUCGCCACUCUGGAAGAUGA